AUGGUCAUGCUCAUUUGUCUGUUUCUUCUCUCUGGUCUUGCGACAGCCUCCGUCGUCAGCCAGCAUCUAGGAAAACCUACGAGCGACAUCGACGCCGACAAAGGCAAUGCACCAUCAAUGCUUGCUCAACCACAAACCGGUGGUCGGUACGCGGACGCCGAUGGUGGUUCUCAAGACUCAACCUAUCGCGUCCAAUCUGAACCUCAGAAUAUGGCAGAGGGAAAAAAUGUCGAGACUUCCUAUCUCAGUCUCUCACAGUCUGGUACGCUUUAUUCUAUCUGAAAGGGAAGACUAACGAGUGCCUCUGCCGAAUGUUAGAACAUCGGCAGGUUAUGCACGUCCGAGAAAAUUAGUUAAAUUUGCCAGGGUUUGUGUGUGAGUACGAGUACAGACAGAAAUGUGUUAUGUGACCGCGGCUGACACAUUCGAUUAAAUCAUUAUGAUAGUAAAUAUCUACGCACCCCUAUCCCAGAUCGCCAAUCUUGAUACUAAUCACUGCUUAGAAAUAAGUAUUUACAGAAAGAUCACAAACACUGUGCAAGAAGUAUGUUUAUUUAGGAAGGCCAUGCCUCUAAUCUCACACCAUUUGCUACUUUUUAUUAAAAAAAACGGUAGGUCGUCUGGAAGACAUGAAGUGAACAGAUCCAAGCUCUGUCUAGAGCAGAGAUUUGCGCAUGCGAUUAGCCGCGCUUUUCUUAACUAUAAAUGCCAGAUGUGAUUUUGAGAACUGAAUAACUGAGAUGAGGUUCCGACCCACAUAAUUACCGUUGGGAAUAAUGGGAAAGUGCCGGGAGUGGCGUUGGAAGACUCUAAAAUGUGAUUGAGUAUUUAUUUGAGAGAACAAAAGGGGGCAGUAAAAGCACCGCUAACCUGCGCAGCAGUGACAAACAUCUCACAUGGAACAAGCACUCUGACUUCUGAAGGGGGAUUACGGUUUUACGGGAAGACACGGUUCACAAGCUGGCGCUGAUCGCUUUUUGAAAAUUGAUCUUUCGUCAGAACUGUUGGUACGUUUUGCUGUCUAUGAUCCGCUUUACAUGGGCUUUCCGCAAUAACCCGAUGUGAUUUCCAGCGUCACGGUGGCAGCGUCCACUCUGCCGUAUAUGUCUUCACGCAGGGAAUUUUCACCGGUUGAGACUCAAUGAGAAACCAUUUUUAUGCCCACUCACAGAAAUCUCUACCAAAAAGGACAGGCUAACGCUCUAUCACCAUCAUAUAGGUACGGUUACCUAAACCGGUCCCUUCCACUCCUUCUAGAAACUGCAAAAAUGUCCGUGGAUUUUGAUCUCACAUACGGACAAUUAGCCACAUAAUAAAAUUAUUUUCCACGAUGAAUGUUAACUCGAAACAUUAACUGGCGCUUACAUACUGAUACAUUUGUCCUGAAGCCAUCUCCUGGAAAGUUUCUGGCGACAGAGUGAACAGAGCACACAUGUGAGCAGGUUAAUCUGACAACUCAGUCCAUUAAGAAUAAACCGCGUCGGAUUGGAAAUGCUUUUCAUUAGCAUGCCGUUCCUCAUCCAGUUCAUCUUAGCAAUUACUGUUGUUUUCAAUAUAUAUGUCAUUAUUUGAAGUUGUGCUAUUGCAAUUGCACUGUUAGCCGGCCUUAUGGGCGACGCAGCUCUCACGGAUUCUGACGUGGAAUCAAUGCAAGCAUCAGACAUUGGCAGUGAACUGCAUUCACUUCGGGCUAAUGAACAGACAAUCGGCGAAAUCCCAGAGAGCGACUUGUUUGGAGACUGGGAUCAGAAUGUGAACAAGUUGGCGGGGUCUGAUGAUGUCACCGGCCAGACAGUGAUGUAUGUGCUCUGGUUUUUGCUCUUUCUCUGGGUCCUAAUUUUAAACUUUGCUUUCGACUGUAACCUCAGACAACUCUCUUAGGACAUUCCGCAGUCAAAUCUCUGGCGUGCUUUUAAUGUGGUCCACUCGAUGAAAGUACAUAUAUCUAUCUGCUCACAAAUGUUCACACGAUAGGUAAACCAGCAAGCUCUUCUAGUCCAGAAAGCAUUUCAGAACUUCGGCGAGGUAGGCCAGAUACUGCAUCAUUGCGCAGGUCGUCUUAGCUUGAGCCAAUUUUGAAGGACAUGGAAAUACACAGACGGCCCACAAGAGAACCAAUCAGUGUCUAGUUACGGACGCUGUCAUGGUCUUCGUUGAAGUGAUCUGUUGAAAUCAGCGCUUUUGAAACAGAGGCUUUAAAGCCCAAGUGCAGCGAAUAAUGCUGGUUAAACUGUAGCGAUUUCACUGGAUACGCCAGCAGUACUGGAGCUCAUGUCAAUUUGCCAACUAUGGCGGAAAUAGAGAUCGCGCAAAAUCUGUAAAUUGCGUCCCUCCUGCAGUCAUAAACAUCACUCAGAGGACGUAAUGCAGUGCUCAUCUAAUACACACUGUGGAAUGCACGCGCACCGAUCUACCGAGAGUUCUCGAGGUUCCAGAUAUGUGCGGCAAUGUCUGUUACAGUGGCCAUUCGGCUGUCUAUUCUACUCAAAUAAACAGCCUAUUCGUCUGUCUGAUUAUAAAAUUGGUCAAUUCUUCUUCUGCUGCUACUGCUUCUUCUUAUUCCUCUCCUCAUUUUUCGAUCCCUUUAUUUGCGAAGGCAACAACAGGACUAUUCAUCUAAGAAAUUGGCAGGUGAAGGGCAGGGACCAAAUGGAGUCAAAGGGACUUUGUUGUCGUCGAGUAAAGGUCUGUAUGCUGCUAGCGCCAGUGGAGGUGGGUCGUUGCAGCGCAGUCAACGGGCAGCCUUAUCCAUUCAACGUUAUCUCUGGCCAUCAGGAAUCGUCCCUUAUGUGAUAGAACCGAUAAUCUCCAGUAAGUUCACUGAACAAUCUCAUCAGGCCUAAUAACGAAACUUGAGCUGUGCUGACAUUCUGGGAUAGAAAAUGCAAAGACGAAGGAUCAAAUCUGUUAACAGUGAUACACAUGCAAACCGUGAAAAAGUUUAUAUAUAUACAGUAGGUGGGCUAGCUCAUGAAAUGUCAACCGAAAUUCCGGAAUGUGUUUUCGUUUCUUAAAAAUUAAUUAAUCAGGGUUGUACAACUAAUCAGUCUCUGGCAUAAUUUUAUAGAAAUUCAGUUACUGCAGGAUGCCAACUUGCAAAAGAACUUCCUUGCUGCUGCAUGCAAAGACUAUACCGUAAACCUUUGAUUACUUUGAUAACAUGAAAUUUUUUCAUUGAUUUUCGACGCCCUUAAGAGUCAAGUUAUGUUUCAUAGAAAACAUGCAUAAAAGUACUCAUUCUUCAGCUCAUUCGGUAGGCAAUUAUGUCUACUUCCAUUUUUAUACUCGAAGGAAUAAGGAGGGAAGGAAGUGUAUAAUUCGGCUUUUAAAAACCUUUCCAAUUCCUGAACAAUUUGAACCCGUUCUGCCGUUACACUUGGAUUCAGGGUUUCCAAACUACAUGCCGUAUAUUUUCCGCGUACGGAAAACCACACGUUUCUCUACGGUAUUAAGAGGAGACCAUAUAGGGUUCAUAAAAUAUAGUAUUGAAGUUGAUCCAUAUUGUUAAAGUUACAAGCCACAUUAGUAAAUGCAGGGUCAUGGCAUUUUAUGAACAAUCAUUUCACGAUUAGAAACGUCGCUUAAUUAGAAACCUUUUAAGACCGAAUUACCUCCCUCCUUCGAGUACAAAAUUGGGAGAAGUAGUGAUUGUCUAUCAAAGAAGUGAAUGAAUGGAUAUUUUUAUGCAUGUUUUCCAUGAAAUAUAAUUUGCCUCUUAAGGGCAUCGCAAAUCAAUGAGAAAAAUUCCUGCUACGCAAGUAGUCAUUUUUUACGGAGUGUUGUUUUUACAUGCAGCCCGAAGGAAGUUCUUUUGAAGCCAUCAUCCUGCGGUAACUGAAUUACUAUAAAAUUAUGCUAUAGACUGGCUAGUUUUACAGCCCUACUUAAUUAAUCGUUUCGAAACGAAAACGCAUUUGUUAAUUUCGGUUGACAUCUCAUGAGUUAACCCACCUAUUGUAUAUAUGCCAAGUAUACCCGUCACCCACACUGUUGUGGUUGUAAUAUUGCUCAGUCCCAUUAUGACCGUCCGCCGAAUUGCUACUAGCGACAACAAACUGUGGGUUAAAGGAAUCAUGCCACAUAUAAUACCUUGGCAACCCAUUAAGUGUGAAACAGGUCAGAAGCAGACAACUGUCUAAUAGUCGUUAUCAAUCAUUGGUACGAAGACGUGCUGGCUUAAAAUGCUUACAUACCCCACUAGAUAAGGCCUACGGCGCGCUAAUGAUCGGCAACAAUCGCGAACCGACUGUUUUUAUCCGGUCUGUUGAACCAAAAAUGAGCUCCCUGCGUAUUAACAGAUCUACAUAGUACAGAUAACUCACUUGUGGAAAUCUCGGUAGUUUCGGUGAGGUUCGUAACCACGAAGACAAAUGUAAGUCUUGUGUACAUUCAACGCUCUAGUGGCCAAGGCUAGAAAAAGCCCGACUGAAAUCUGUGAGCUUAAUAAAAUUGAGACGAAAUUACCCGCUUAAUCUAUUGUCGAUGAUUUUCUAAAUGUGGGCCAGAUAAACAUUUAUAGUUGUAUAUGCAGGCAGAUGAAGUCGUCUAAGAAGAAAAUAAAGUUUUGUGUAACAUUUAACCAUUUGGUCUUCCUGGAGAACUUGAUGUUUUUCUAAGUGAUUUCUUAAGAUGCGCAUUUCGUACAAGUGGACAUAUAGGACAGAUUUGUGCUCGCCCGUCAGGUUAUAGAUCAUGCUCAUCCAUAUGGUGUUUUGGCUCAAUCUAGAACCCUCACAUGCAGUCGCAUAGCAGAUAAAUACAAUAGGUGUUCCUAAUCAAGAAAAGUUAACCGAAAUUCUAAAAUGAAUUUUCGUUUCGAAAAAAAGGUUACUUAAGUCGGAUUUUGAAUUUAGUCACCCUUCAACGAAAUUCCCUAGUAAUUAUAUUACUUCGAAAUAUCGGCUUUCAAAGGAACGUCCUUUUAUCGUAUAUAAAAGAACACUUCGUAAAAAUUACUACUAACUUAGCAUGAAUUUUCCGGAUUAAUUUUCGAUACUCUUAAAAAUUCAAUUAUAUUUCACUGAAAAAAUGCAUGAAGAUAUUUAAGCUUUCACUCAUUACGUAGAAAUGCAUGUUUUCUAUUAUUUUUAUUGUCUAAGGUAGACUAUUAUUCGGUCUUCAAAAAGUUUCUAACCAUGCGAUUGUUUAAUGCCGCGAAUGACCGCUCAUAAAACACGGUGUAUUUGCAUUUCCUAUCGUAGCUUGUAAAGUUAACAAUAUGACUGAAAUCAACUGCUAAAGUUCAUGAACUCCAUAUGGCCUUUUCCUUAUACCGUAGAGAAAUGCAUGAUUUUUCGUACGCGCAAAAUAUACAGCUUAUAGGUUGCGAACCUUAAAUAAAAAUCUAACGGCAGGUGGGUUCACAAUUAUUCGGGAAUCGGAAACGUUUAUAAAAGCCUAGUCAUACUCUUCCCUUGAUGGUGAAUUAGAAGAAGGUAUAACUUCCAAUCGAAUGAAAUAUAUAAAGAAUAUUAGUAAACAAGUUUUCCUUAGAAUAUUAUUGAAUUUUUAGGCGCAUUGAAAAUCAGUGAGAUAAGUUCAUGCUACUUAAGUGGUCAUUUUACAGAUUGUGUUUUUGCGUUCAGCCGGAGAGAGGUCUGUUUUAAAACAUUCAUCUUGAGGUACCUAAAUUAUUAUAUACUUUUCUGCAAGAUAAUUAAUUGCACAACCCUACUUGAGUAAUCGUUUUGAAAUGAAAACUUAUACCGGAAUUUCGAUCAACAUUUCAUGAGUCAUCACACCUACUAUAGAUACCGGAAAAGGCAAGGGAAACUCAGAUAACUAUUUUUUGCCUUAGUGUUAAUAUGGUGUUUAGAAGGUAGAUCGAGUCUCCUGUAGGCAGAUGAGAAUGAGCUGCGCAUUAGAUUAAUGUGAAAGUACCUAAUAAAAAUAGAUGAGAAUUCCAGGACAUUUCAUGAGGUCGGUCACUCACAGUAAACAUUAACUUGGGUGAACCACUUAGUGUUUGCGUGUCAAUGAGACUAACGCGAUGACAAUAGCUGAUUUUAUUAAAUGGUUAACAAGUACCACUGAAUGUUAGUGCCUACGCAUAUAAUCGAUGAAAGACGCAGGCAACGGCAUAAAAAGGAGCCUACGCAACGGAAUUUCUCAGAAAUAUUUACCCGUUCACGGCUUGAACACAGCAAGGGGCCAAGGGGUAACCUGCUAGGUUUGGUGCGGGACAAAAGUUUAUUUGCAACAGUUGUUGUCAGUUGCGUAAUUAAUGUACUAUAUGCAUGCUCCAAUUUCAUACAGGUUCCUCCGUAGCAACCAUCAUAAAGGGCAUGCGAGCGUGGGAAAACAUUUCGUGCGUCACCUUCGUUGAACGGGAGCCCCAACACCAUACCUACAUUUUCUUUACAAUUCUGGAUUGUGGGUGAGAGCCUUCUACUUCUUCGCCUCUCAUCUUUAUUUAUCAUGUAUUGCCUGUUUACUUUUUUACUGUCAUUGACAUCAUAGACACUCAGUAUUUUGGUCUUUUUUCCUAAAAAUAUUACGUGCGGCAGCUAGAAGUGUUAUUUCAAACGAAAAGCGAAACCGACAUUUUAGACACUAUCAUUACCCUAUACCCCUGGCCAACCAUAUAAUGACGUUUUGUGCAUUUUGGUUUACUCAUUCUCCUGGGCCUAUGCUCCCAAACCGAGAGCCAGAAAAUCACUGGAGGCAACUUGCGUUUUCUCUACAGAGCUGUCAUUUUAAUCGUGGCGCCUCUCCACUGACUUUUACACUCGGCCUGAUCGAUCUGCGUAUUCGAAUUAUCGACCAGGCCGUCUGGAAUGUUGUACCCGUAGGGCAUUGGGCCGAAUGCAGGCGAACCACAGUAGGGUGUUAUAAAUAUGCGUUAAUUCUAGUUAAUUUUGACUUGUAAUUUCCUGAUACACAUUUAAGUGGUCUGCCUCGUUCUCCUUCUUUGUCGCGUUGGUAUUGAGGACAAGAGUCGGGUACGCAUACGCUCCCACGUGCUUUCAAGUACCAGGCCGGGUCAUAACACAUUCUAUCACGAAUACGUCAGCGUCCCGCGACUGUCUUGUGAUGCGGGCACGCGGUGAACAUCGUCCGGUGGAAAGGGUGAGCAGUGCUUCAGUAAGAAAUUGACCGGCUCGCCCUCGGGAAGGCUAAGAUCGCAUGUGAGGCAGCGAUGCAGUUUAAUGCCGACAAACAAGAAAAUCCGCCUCCACACAUUCAUGAGCAUCAGUUGACAGUAAAGAGGCAAGACCGUUUGUCUGAAGUACUCAUACAUGCGUUGGACACUGGGCAUACGAUAGCUUGCAAACAACACACGUUCCGAUGCGUGGUGUUUCAAGAACGGCUGAGAGUCCCUCCAAGCCAAGCAGUCGAUGCCGAGUACAAAAGUUUGAAGGAGAAAUGGAAGAAAUGGGGGCCAUCCAAAACAGAAUGACAGACGCGGCGACAGAUCACUGGCGCAAGUAUCAAAUAAAUAUGGUUUAUUUGAGGGCCCUAGAAUGUGAAAUCUUCUUGGCGCAUUUGAUCUGCACCUCUCGAAAACUCCCGCAAUACAUUUUCUUAUCUCAUAGAGUGCAUUUUUAAAGGUGCCUGUCCCAAAGGGCGUGUUACUUCUUCAUUUCCUCCGUCCUCCCAUAGAGUGCUUGAACGCGCUGCAAAAUUAUUCUGAGUCGAUUGCCUUUAUACCCAAUAAGAUGGUUGCUUUGGAAGAAGAGGAGGCGCCUUUUGUUAAUUGGCUUACAACAGACCGUUGUUCAUAUCUUCCCGUCUGCCAGCUUCGAAACGUUUGCGGCAAUGAAGAGCGACCAAUUGCUGGGUUCUUCCUCCACGGUAGACUGUACGUCGGGAAGGACUGAAUUAAGCAAUGCCCUGAAAGUCUGCUUGCCGCUCCGUCUGAUUAUGAUAAACGUGUCACUGACGCAUCUGUCCCAGACUUUGGGAGAUGAGAUCUGAAGACCAGCUGCUCGUUCCCCCAAGAUACUGCCCCGGCAAAUGGCCAAGACAGAUGCGAGUCCAUCGGCGUCCCUAUGGUUUGCAAGCAGAAUGUGAAGGUCUUAAAACACAGUUUUAGGAGCUCGAUGAUAUGCUCUCGUUUGAGCUCUUGGUCAGUCUUAUUCUAUUUAUCUCGGGGACAACCAUCGAUAGAGCUGAUAGCCAGAACGAGUAGUAUAGAGGUGAGUAACGAGACCACAUCAAAUGAUACCAUUACUCCCUCUGCCCCUACGUUGAGCUGUAAGAUACGCGUCAAACCUCUUCAGCUGAUCUCCCUGUCCCCUCCGAAUCCUUGGUAGGGAAACAAAGUUGCUGGAACAGUCAUUUUGACAAAAUAACUUUUGGAGUGUCACGUAAGGAGAUGACGAGAUGUGCACAUUCGGCAAACCGCGGAGCACACCAUCGCAGCAUCAGUGGUUUUUCUGUCAAGUGCUACCUUUCUCUUGAGAACCCCCCGUCUUUUGCAUUUUAUCUAUCGUUUCAUUUAUGCUGUCAACGGGCUUUUUGAACUUGCUGGCUGUCGAUGGCGCGUCAGAAUACCUGUCCAUCAAAAGGUUCUCAAGUUUCUUCCAGUAUUUGUUUAUACCGAUGGAGUAGAAACGAAACUGGCUGCUGCACGGCCUUUUUGAAUUCCUCACCCGCCUAACACUUCUGGAGCGCCGAUUCGAGGAAUGGAAUGAAGUCUUCUGAUUGGGCAUCUCCUCCGCUGAAGUUCUCGUCAUAAUAUAGAACCGCUGGUCGCUGCUAAGUGAGACCAUGGGUGGGAAAGUUGUGAACAAGGACGCUAUUAAAGAAGGGCUACAUUAGUGGACUUAUGUUCUUGGAUUUUUCAGGUAAUUUAUCAUCAAGUAACUUGCUGCGAUGCUGUGUACUUCCUAAGACUGUCGCUUCGAGGACAAAUGACAAGUUGACUGAUGCUGUUUAUUCAUUUGGCGGCAUUUAUGUUGUUAGAGCAGUAAGUUUGUAUUCAGGAGCCUGUUUACUGCACUCCGUUUGUAAGAGAUCGGGCGAUUGCUCUCGUAAUAAAAAAUUCUGCAUAAGUUUCCUUUUGGCAAUCUGAGGUAUGAAAUGUCCUGACAGUUUCUCUCUAUACGAGGACAUUAAGAAAUGCGAUUUUGUUGCUAACCUCAUGUUGUGUGUGAAUGUAAUUCGUUGGGAAUUUGAGCUGAUAAUGCUGUGAAGCAUUUUUAGUUUAUCUCUUUAAACAAAACCACAACUGUCAUCAACUUAACGUGCCUGUAACCAUGGAUUAACAAAUAAUAGGGUGAUGGUUUAUAAUUUUUGCAUCUCGACUUCUUCGAGGAAGGCGGAGAUAAGUGAUCUCAUCUGAGCUCCCUUCAGAUAUUGGCAGUAUCCCUGCGUAAAUGAGACGAAACAUACCAGACAGAACUGAUUUUUUUGCUCAAACGUUUUUCGCAAAAUGGGUGUCCCAGAGAUUUCGUACAUCGAUGCAUGAAACAACGGGAGUUGAAUGAAGAACGAAAAGGACAAUGAGCUAGAUUGUUGCGGUUGGGUGCCUGAAACAGAAAAUUGUCAAACAUUUCCGUAUAUCAAGAACGUGUUGGAACUAGUUUAAAAACACCUGAGGUGGCAUUAAAUACACGUGAAAAACCGACGGCUAAAUUUUGCAAUCAGCUUUUACACCCUAAAGGUGAGGAUGGUUAUUAAGAUAAGAAAAUCUUUGUCUUUAAGAUACGAUUCGACACCUGCGAUACAAUCCACUGUGAUCAAACUGGAAAAUAUGCCGCUAUAUUCAUGUGUAAACAUCGACUGGCAGUAAAAAACGAGAUCACUUACCGUAGGUUGCCAUGCAUUCGUUGGAAACUAGAUAUAAAUUUGCCUGGAAAAAGCUUACACCAUGGCUGUCUGUGCAUUUCAGAAAGACCGACAACUUUUAGAGGCAGUAAAUUCUGACAACCCAUACAUCAAUUUGUACAUCGAAUUAGACGCCGAGUGCCACCAUUUAAAAUAAAAAUUGAGGCGGCGAUGGCCAAUCUGAACGUGAUGGCAACUCACAGUGAAGACUGACCGGCAGUAGUGCCAGCGCGAUAUCGAUUUUUCGGCAUGCUUACAUUUUUAGCUUCUGUGCACACUUGAUUCAUCCUGGAGGCAGCCUAGGAAACCAGAGUGAAGAACGUACGAAAGAAUAUCACCUUUCCAAAAGCAGUUAUUUCCUUUGAAUAAGCUAGAUCCUUAACAAAUAGAUCGCACGCUAAGUAAAUCCAUUUGGCGUCAUAAUCGCCCACAAGACGGUGCCCUGAAUGCGCACAGAACUAUCCCGUUGUUUUCCCGCAUCGUAUUCUGUGCAGUACCUUUUCCCGCAUUAACUGACAGAAGCUGAGCCAUCCGACGAGUGGGUCGCUGGUCUCUUGUAUUUGAACAUCACCUUGAGCGCAAUAUUCGCUUCAUUUGGGACGGCACUGAAGUGGUCGCCAGUACUAACACCAGACUGGGGUGAGAAGUUCCCGAAACUUGAUACUCGAACAUAAACAGCAACAACAGUCAUAUCGACCUAGACGCUUACCAGAAACCUCUUUAUACACGGCCCGCUAACUUUUAAAUCGCAGCUGCUUAUUCGUGCUAGGUUAUGUAAUACACUGACGAAUUGACGGCAACUCCCACACGGUUGCCCACAAUUGGAAUACUUAACCCUUUUCUAACAUUCGUUAUCUACACUAACAUACUUUUCACUUCCUCAUAUAGAGGUCUUUCCGCCGAUGUUACAUCUGUGUGCACAAGUGCCCUAGUCGAUUUAUUCCACUGCUCACUGUUCCUUUCAUCUGGCGACGGAUUAGUGUAAGGCGACUUGAAAAUUGACGAGGACAAAUUUAAUUUCCGACGGGCCUUCUACUUUCAUUAUAUCCUCUCGGGAUGCAUACAACUUCCGUUGUUCAAUAUAUGCAUACAUGCAUAUGAAUUGGGAAAAGGGGCAUCCUUAGAAACUUAAGUACGAAGAUAAAAUUCUUUGUUAAACCCUAACAUUUAUGGUGCAAAUUUUCGAGACUGUUCUAUCUGCCCGUCUUCAGACAAUGAGUGUACAGAAGAAAUUAUAUUCUUAACUUAGUCCGGGAUUCUUUUAUUGGCCUACUGCUAUACCACUGAGUGCUAAUUGCACUUUGUUAUUAGUUUGCGGUGAAGAUACAAUAGAUGUGCUAACUCAUGAAAUGUCAACCAAAAUUGCGAAAUGUACACGACCAUCCAACCCAGAUAACCAUAAACACACUGAACACUGGGCAUUAAUUUAAAUGGGUAAAUACUCGCAUUGUUUGCGCUUGUCCAAUAAUGAAUGGUCGCGAAUUCCUAGAAGCAAUGCAAUCAGAUAAUGCAUGCAUCAGUCGGCGUAUCAGUCUGGAUGCCUCAUACAAAAUCUUUAUAAACAAAUUCAAACUGGAGCAAUCAAUCCCAAAGAGGUAACGAAAUGCUUUUAACACGUAGUGUCACAGACGUUGAAAAAUCGUAGAAUCCAUAGAUAGACUCGGUUAAAAUCUUAGUCGUAUUGGCACUACCGUAGUCUGAAGACGAGCUGGUGAACCAGGCUCUACAACUUACACAAUAAAUUUUGUGGUUUCACAAUUAAUUUUUUUUUCUUGUUGCAUCCCUUCAGAUGUGCCUUUUUUACUUUGUACAUAUAAAUUUAAUGAUAUAUACGUACUGAAAGAAAAAUAAUUCGAGGAAAUAUGAGUCCUUUGGGGAAUUAAGCAAUCUUCAUUUGGUAUAUUUUCAGUGCUGGUUACCCAGGGCAUCGGCAAACGUGAAGAAAGUGCGAAAAACAGUUAAAAUUUAAACGUGCCCGAAAAAAAUAUUGCUUUGUCAGUGCUUAGGGUCAGUCGAUGCUGUGGGCUGGCGUCACGUUCUGACUAGUUAUCAUCUUUUCCAUUGUUCUUUGAGAUUUCUGUGCAUUGCGUACAGAUCGAUGCGCCGAUUGAUGCCGAAUGGUUAGAGUGAAUGACCUCUGGAAAUUUUCGGUAGGAACUGACAAUGCAUUUUUUAUCCCAAACAAACUGUUGCCCAGUUUCAACAGUAUGCAUGGCGACUUGCGGAAAGUUGUCGUGUCUUCAAUCUUAAAAAAGGCGUUGUCAGCGCAUUCAUAUUUCUUGAUGUCCCCGUACAGCGACAAACUGACGGGACAUUCUACACAUCAGUAUACCAUGCAGAAACUUAUGCGGGCAUUAUCCUACAUUAUAAGAGGAACCAUCCUAUGGCUCGCAAACGGAGUGCUGUAAACUUACUACUUAAUCGAGCGAAGACACACUGCUCUGAAAACGAAGGGGACGAAACAGAAGUCAAUUAUUUGUCAACCUAUUUUUCCAAAACAUCUAUCCUAGACAAUUUGUCCGCCGCCGCAUGACACAGAAGGAAUGAAAAGAAAGCUAAAGGCCAAUAUAUUGUUUCGAUCAGGCCCUGGAACCAAAAAAAUGGCAAACGCCUUCUUACAUUAAGACAGUGUCUGAACUCGUUGAAAGACAACUGGGGAACCAUCAAAUACAAGUGGUUCGCAAACCGAUGACUACGCUACGCAACCAGCUUGUACACUCUAACGAUAGGGUUGGCUGUUUGGAUAAAGAAAAAGUAAUCUAUACGAUCCGGUGUGGCGCUUGUAAUUCGGCAUAUUGUGGUCACGCCGUGACAUUCGCCUCCACACGCCUACACGAACACCGGUUGGCAUUUAAGAGGCGGAACAACUUUCCCAAGUCGCCAUGCAUACUUUCAAAAGUGGGCACAAAUCAGUUUGUACACAUGUUAACUGUUUUUACACUUUCUACACGCCUGACGAUAACCUGGGGGACCAUCAUUGAAAAUUUAAGAAAUAAAGUGUGUUAAAUUUCCCAAAGGACUCAUUUUUCUUCAAAUAGUAUAUAUAUGAGGCAUACAGGCCACAUAAUUCUCAAUAGUGAUUGACUAUAUUGCUGCAAAACCUAGACUAUCCGUGCCUGUCAAGAGUUUCUCCAGCCUGCUAUAUGUCAUGUCUUUUAACACAAUUUCUUCCACAUGACCUUAUUUGCUCUCUAACCAGAUAUAAUGCCACCUCGACUCCUGUCAUAAAAACAGAACCAACCAUGUUCAGUUUAGUCUUUCUUUAAGAAAUUCAUUCAAGCAACUUCAUUUUCUUACGUCCUGUAAGAUAACAGUCUUGUGCAGACUGCAAAGGGCUGCGGUCCCUCUUUAUCCCCAGCUAACUAAGUCCCUUCCGACUACCGCAACCGUAAGAUAUGUCCCAGAGAGCAUUGACAUUGAUUAGUUGCUAAUAAAAGGCACGGCUUAAUUCUUUCAGUUAAUGCAUCUUCAAUGCCAGUGAUACUCAUCUUAGAGGUCCGGAGAAAUUCCUCAUUCAUAUCGCGUCUCGGAAAACAUUAAACGCCCGACACGACAAAAGAUUAUCCAUGGAAAUAUUCUCACGGGAGACAUUUAAUAUGCUCGGAUAAAUGGUAGGGGCUCUGGGACUCCAGAACUGUAAACUAACCUAUAGAAUACGUCGUUAUAGAAGACAAAGUUUUCCAAAAAUGUUUCUUGUUAUUUGUAAUGAAGAAUCGAAGACCUAGUCUAUAGUAGUCAUCUGCCAAAUUUUACCGAAAUUUGACACCGCUACUCUCGCAAUAUCGGUAGCUACUAAUAAUUCAAAGGGAAAUUUGGCGAGCAUACGUCUGCUUUCGAUAAAUUCUCUUUAUAUGGCUAUUGAAGAAAUGAAUCAAAAGAUACGGACAAGUAGGUAAUGAAGCUGUAGCUCAAGUUUGGAGAGGGGAGGGGAGGGGAGAGUGAAGCACCACAAUUCCAGUCAGUUCAAGGGAGGAGAUGGGUCCCGGCGAAGGUAAUUACAUGCGGGUGGCUGGCUUGGUGGCUUUGAACCAUGGCAGCUGUGGGACCUCUAUGAAGUGCUUCUGUGCGCAUAGGACCCGUCCGCGUAGCAUGAUUGCAACCGUCUCUGCCGAAGCCAACAAGCGCUGCCCAAGCUGUUUUGCAUAGCUUGAUGGGACCUUGUAAAUAACUCUGAAGGCCUCUCUGACGUCUACAGGGUGGUCUGUGUCUAUCUUGUGCGCGUGGAUUGAGCUGUUGAUGUUCUUUAUUUGUUCCUUGCCUAACCAUGCUGGAAGAUGUUCUUGUAGCAUUUUAGAUAAACGCCGGCUCGUGUGACCAAUAUAUUCUGUCUCACAGGAGCAGAGGAAGGAGUAAAUACACAUAGAGGUGGUCUGAGCUGGUAGUUUGUCCUUGCACUCUCCGUAUAGAAUGAGACUGGUGGAGAACAGUACAAGGGUGUCAGCUGCUGGAAAGGUCUGUGAUACAGCUUGAGUUAGGCGUCUUCUUAAAAGUUCACUUGGUGCAUCCUCUUUAAAUGGCACCCUGAUGAAGAACUUUUUCUUUUCUGCUGUCAGUAUCGGGGCUUUUGUGGUCUUUCGGUCAUGUUCUUAGCAAUGAAUCGAUUAGGAUACCCGCUCUUGCGAAAAAGGCUUUCGAUGUUCCUAAGCUCCUUCUCAACGCUAUCAGCUCAGCAGAUUAUUCUCACUUUUUUCUCUAUACAUUGAAGCCAUUUCCACUGUUUGCUCGCUUUUAGACUCCUUGUUCAUUGAUUACGAAUGCAUGGCAGAGCGCCCAUAUAAAUACUGAUAUUUUUAUGAAUCUACUAGUGCUUUGCUCAUUCUAUUUCGGAAUAAGUUAUGCACAGAAAAUAAAAACUACAUGACAAGUAGUGUUUCAUAUGUCAAAUUGGAAAUGAUCAUUCCGUAAUGGUCAUUUAUAUGACACCAGGUAGAGUUUUCCAAACGGCAAAACAAUUUCAGCCCAUUUGAACGAAGGACUCUCUAUCUGCUUCAUUACUGCACUUUACGCCGCCAAAUCGCACAGAUCUGCUAAUUUGACAUUUAGGGAUUGAUAAAACGCCUGGGUUUCUUAAAAUAACCUUUGUGUUAGCAGGCUGAUUACUAAGGUUAACAUCGCUCACCAAAUAACUUUUAAAGUCCGGCUUAAUCUGUUUAUUAAAACUUUCACGGGCAAAUAACUAUCCGUUCAAUAAAAAAUUUCUUAGAAGCGCAAUCGGAGUCUAGGACAUGUAUUAGCAUAGGAAAUUGCACGAAUAUGUUCUAACGCCUGUUUUUGCUAAUUUUUACUCAUGUUUUGCUUAAUAUAAUCACAGGAACAAAAUUUCUGCACACAAGAACAACAUUUCAUUGAAGUAUGUGGAUAAGCAAACGAAAUGCGCAACAGUAAAAACGUCUAGAAGUUCUCGCAUCAGUUUCAGUUAUCAGAUUUCAUGAGCUAGGUCAUGUACUGUAUAUGAUAAAAUGCGCAAUAAACGAAUUUCAUUUAUUUGAAAUAAUUGUAGGUGCUGCUCGCACGUCGGUCUUAAAUGUACUGGUUCGCCGCAGGCGAUUUCCAUUGCGCCGUCCUGCGAGAGUGUAGGUGAAGUUAUGCACCAAUUGGGCCAUGUUUUAGGGUUCUACCACGAGCAGAGUCGACCCGAUCGUGACGGUGAGUCCAUGCAUUUCAUGUGCAUAUUCCUUGCCAGUUGCCAUACUUGCCUAGCAAACCAAUGAAUAGUAUGCACAUGUCUCUGUCCUAUGUUUUCAAACAUCCUGUCAUAAUCGUCUGUCUAAAUUGUUCUCCGUAAUAUUAAAAAUGCCAACAUUUGGGCAUUUGUACAACGUUUAAUAUUUGAACGAAAUGCCAAGCAGGUAGGGAAUGUUAAGCCCGAUCUUUAUUUCCGUAGCUUGGUUGGUAUGCUAGGCAAAUUAAGUUUGCAGGCUAUAGCAAUUUAAGAAUUUAUUUAUACGAGAAAUAAUAUUAGUGGCACAUGGAAGCAUUCAUCUAUAUCGAUCGUAAUGCGGCGUAACGCAUUUAUUUGAGUUGUUGCUUGUCACAUUCCUUUAUACUGAAAUAAGUGCUGGUUGCUAAGAUAGGACCUCUUCAUUUAGAACAUGACCUCUUAAUUUGGCCGGUAAAAAACUGACUUGGAUCAUCAGCGGGGCCGCCGUCGUUCUCCGUAUGCCUUUUUAAGAUAUAUUGCAGUUUUGAAUCUUCCGCUCUUUAAUCACUUCAGAAAACGAUGCAGUAACGCCAUUUGAAUUUGACCCUCCAUGAUGGACAGUUUGGUCACUUCUGAUUCUCAUCUUAUUUUAGACUUCGUGGAGAUCCUCACAAAAAACAUCCUGCCUGCGGCGUGGGGCGAAUUUGCCAAGAAGCCCAGCACCUAUAUAGAUUCCCUUGAAGAGCCCUAUGACUACGAAUCGAUUAUGCACUUCAAGGCUAAUGAAUUUACUAAACCCGGCGAGAAUGAAUCCAUAAGGCCUCUUCAGUGCUGUCCACCUCCAGAAAUAGGUCAGCGAGUGAAGAUCAGUGAGGGUGACGCCAGACAGGUGAACAAGCUAUACAAAUGCCCUUGUAAGUUGCAUUAUGCUUGUCGCAAUUGUCGUGACCUUUUGGAGAAACUCACUGUCUUUUCACCUGUGCCGCAGUGAAGACAUGGGCUCUUGCUUAGUUAGAGGCCUUUCGAUGUUUUGAGCCAGGAAUUCCAAGAAGGUGUGACUAGUACAACAAUUUUAGCAAAUGUGAAUUGCAUUUGUACUGAGGGUAUCUAGGUACAGGAGUGGGUCUUGAGACCUUCAACACACUGACUUCGUGCAUUCUCUACUGUUUCCUUUCUAUAUCUGGUUACCGGGUCUAUGAUUUCCGCACCUUUCAUGGUCGACUCAUCAGAAGGAUGUGUUCUGCGUUAGGCAAGAACAAGCUGACUACCCAGGUUUUGAGGUAGUUCACGCAACGUGAACGAAAAUUUUACCAAGAAUGUGAAGCUUGGAUAUAAGGCUGCAGGACCAAUGGCUUGAAGAGGCAUCAAACAGCUUACCGUUGCACCACUUUUCAUCCUCAUUCGUCGGCAUACCGUGCAGACUGAGGCAGGCGGCGCAGUCGAAAUUGGACUGGUGAAAGCUAGUCACAUUUGAACAUCUCGGCUGGCAUUUGGCAGCGCCAGGAAGACGUGACAUGCUUUCGCCACGUCUUACUCUUGUUCAUCAGUCCAUUCUGAUUAUCGUGCUACUAAAAAGGCGUAAAAGAAUUAAUCAAUACGAUCUUCACUGGUUCCCACUGUCAUAGUAGUGCAUUCUAUAAAGGGAAGUCUUUGACCGUAAUACACGUUCUUUGUUGCCAACGCGGUUUAGCACUGUGCAUCACCAUCGGGUGAAAUUUGUGUCUAAGCCGUCUAAUUACUGAGUCAUUUAUUUACAGUGUUAGAUUUUUUUCCUCGUAGCUUGUCACUUGGCAUUAUAUGUUGAUUUCCAUGUUGAUUAACCAAUGGUUCCAAAUUGCUUGACAAACAACAAUAGCUCAGGGUGGGUGGGUUGCAUGUGAGCUGGGGAGGUUUGAAUGCAUUUGCUACAAGCAGAUGGAAAGGAAAGUUAAAAUAACCAAUUACAUCACUCGAUACAUUCCAUUGUGAAAUCAGCAGAGAGCCACUCGCUAAUGGAAUUAUUUGCGGAAGUUUGUUUAAAUUUCUCCUGGUAUGAGCGUGUUCAAGAGACACCUGGAUAAUCACCUGUUAAAAGGCAACUCGGGCUCCCCAAGCUCGAGCUAGUGGAUUACUGUAAUCACGCUUGCAUACUGCUAACAUGGCUUCAACAGAUCCUUUUGUGCUUUUUUGGCAUUCUAGCAAGCAUUUAAGGCUUUAGCUUGGGAAUUCACGCACAUGUGACAUUUGUAUAUUCGUCAGUUCCAAGAUGAUUCUUACAAUAGAUGCUUCCACACAGGAAUAUUUAUUUUAAAUUUGAUAAAUCACUGCUUCAUGCAAGACUGUUCCAACUACUUUCACAGCCUGUGGGAGGACUCUGAUGGAGAAGUCAGGCACCUUCGCGUCUCCACAAGCGGAGCCUCUCCGUCCAUCCACAGAGGCCAUCGACUUGCAACAUACACUUUCCACCCAGAGUCAGGCGCAGAACACCACUUCGGGUGCGCUAUUCUGCCAGUGGAGAAUUGUAGCGAAUAAGGGGGGACACAUCAACCUCACUUUCACGCAUAUGGACAUGCUUCCGCCGACAAGUCAACCGCGAAUUGACAAACACAAUUUUAGUGAUUCUUCAGACGUCUUCCACCACUGCCAAGGAGAGUUCGUCGAAGUCAAAGAUGGGUAUUCUACCGGGGCGCCGGUGAUUGGUACGUUAAAGUGGUUAAUAACAUCUAGUGGCCACUAUUUUCUGAAUAUUUCCCAAAUCGUUCUACAUUUACUAGUCCAUUCGUUCAUGGUAAUAUAAAAUCAGGUUUCGCGAUCUACUAGGUCUCUCAAAGCCAUAUUAUGAAUUGGAAAACGCCCAACUGAUGCCUGCUUAUAUGUACAGUUCAUCAUCUUUGCUUGCGGCUCACUCGCGAAAUAAAUGACUUCUUGAUGGGAGAUUUUAACGUAAUUUAAUGAUGUUUUGUACUUGUUUUUAUGCUUUGCCAAUUGUAUUAUCUUUCCUAAUGUUCUCCAAUAUAAUCUGGGACUUUCUGUAAAAAUCGUACUCGGUGAAAAUGUGCUACUGACAUAGUAUGCAUUUUUUGCCGUCACGUCGACCGAUUGAUUAUUAUACAGCCAGUGAUUGAUCUCGAGAAAUACUCGUCGAAAUUCGUACAUGUGUUUUUGACUGGGAAGGAUUACUAAGGCAGAUGGCGUGGCAUAAUCCCAUUCUAUUUUGCAUUUGCUAGGAUAUUGAAUUUUUUAUUCACUCAGUAAUAAAUGAGUACUUUGUCAGUAUGUAUGUUUAAUAUUGAUUUUAGACGGCCUUAUAAAUUGAAGAAUGCGUUUUGGAAAACAUGCAUAAAAUAUGAUUUUUCGCAUUCCUUUGGUAGAUAAUCACGCUAUCUUUACACACAAUACCCUAAGAAGGAGUAUUUUUGGGCUUUAAGAACGUUUUCUAACUAACGAAUAAUUUUGAGUCAGAUCGGCAGUUGCGACAGCGUAUAACGAUUUUAGUCUACAAGGUUUAGCUUCAGUCGUUAAGAAAAUCACAUAUUCUUCUUUGCCUUCAAGAAAAUAACGGGUAGUGUUUAUAAAAAUUUGCGAUGGAUGCGGAAAACGUAUGGUUCAUGGGGUGCAUUAAUAAACGGAAAGGUGCAUUGCUCUGUGAACGGACGUUGUUCAGUUUUGAAACAUCUCAUAAUCGAAAACCUUUUGAACCCGAAGAGAAGUGAUUUGCCUCCAUAUGGGUAUAAGUAAAUACAUUUCGGUGCAUAGUUCCGACAAAAUAGACCUAAAUUUAUAAGAGCUUCAAGAAUCAAUGCGAAAAAUUUAGGUAGCAAUUUUAACAGAGUGUGAUUCUUGUUGGAGGUCGAAAAUAAGUACAUUCACAGUAAAAAAUCUAGCGUGCCUGGAAUAUUUUACGAUUAGGCUCCAAAAAAGUCAAUGCGGCAACCCCACCUAAGUAAUCCUUCCUCAUUAAAAAAGCAUUUCAGUGUUUCGACUAACAUUUCAUAGGAUUGCCAUUAAAACCCUACCCUGGAUUGCUUAGCAUUUGGCAUGGGUGUUUCCCAUUUCAGUACUUACCGACAAACAUCUACCUCGGUCUCUAUCCCUGUCUCAACUACGACUGCUGCUCGCAGUAAAUAUUAGAACUUAGAUAUAGACCUAUUGACCAAAUAUAAAAGCUAACUCACAACGAUUAUAUAUCUCCCUCUAUACACAUUUUUGACAGGACAUGGCAAUAGAAUCUGCCGCCUAUCUGUCGUUGUCUCUAAUAAAGGGCGGGUUUGAGCGGUUUCGGGCGGGAAUCCGAAACUUAAUACAAAUAAAGCGCUUUUAACAGCGACCUUAUCAGCUAGUCUCUAGACUUCGCAUCUUCGCUUGUAUCUGUUAGAGUCAAUGCUAGGGUUGAGCAGUGGAACAGAUACUCUUUCUGGAAUUCAGCCUAAGGUCACUGGAAACAACAAUUUAAUUACUGCUAAUCGUCUUAGGCUUCGUAAAAACGUAAAAUGAUUUUAAAAAAUUUCCUUGCCUGAACUUGGGCCUUAAAUUGGUUACAUGAGUAAGCUACAUGUUAGCGAACAGAAUAGCGAACUAGUUAUCUACGUAAAAGAGACAUGAUACUGUAGUACCGGCCAACAGAUGGAAAUCAUCGACAACUUUGGGAAUUCUGACAUGUAACAUGAUAACAGUUAUGUCAAACUCCGACUUGCAGACAGAUUUCAUCAUCAAACGUUUUGCCUGAUCUUGAAUUAUUCAGGUCGUUUUUGCGGAACAAACCUCCCACCAAAGUUGCUUUCCUCAAACAUGAGAAUGAUGAUUGAGUACACGCGACCUGCAGGUCAAUCACGUACUGGAUUCGCUGCCAAUUACCAAGGUAAGCACAAAUUAAAGUGACAACGUCGGCAGAGAGUUGACAUAGUUGCAAUGUUUCGAUCGAUGUAGGCACCGAUGACCAUCGCCUGCUCCACAGGAUAAUGUGAGCGGGUUUGUGACUUGCGCGUAAAUUCGUUUAUAAUGAUAGUAGGCAUGCAUAGUAUCUACCGCACUCCCUCCUCCCCUCCCGUACCCGGUGCUAAAUCAUCCUCGAGAGGAGCGGGGUAGAAUACGGCGCUGGUGACUUGCAUGGCAAAAACCCGCACCUAGAUGCAUCACCAUAUCCCAGUUGGCAGAAACCGCAUGAGGAAAUUAUGCCUUGUUUUGGCGAUUAAAGUAAUGAAACCGAAACCGGACGCUCACUCGGCGGAGGAAGUUAGUAGAAAGGAAUUUUGUGUGACUUUGGAAGAACUCUGAUCCGGUUGUAAUUCACAAUCAGUUCCUUUAUUGACAGGUUCUAUUACAAGCACGGAUUGUUUGUGUUUAACUUUGUCUUUCGAUGGCACAAGCCUCAAAAUGAGUGUGGUUUCCGGAUUUAAUCACAUUUAAAGUUACACAGUCGGUUGCACGUAGGAAUCGAGUUUUACACGUGAGGUUUAACUUAAUCGAAACCACUUCGUCCUCAGGCGGAAUUAUUUAAAGUAAGGUGAGAGCAUCAUAUCAGAUUAGUGAUAUUUGCCCGAAAAUUCCAAUAGCACCAUCCGAUAGCGCUAGGUGACAAUGGUUGAAAAUGAGUUCAUUUAUAUUUUGAAGGGAAUUUUUUGUGCUUACAGCUCUUGAAUUUGCCCAUCUGUAGAUGUCGUAAUUUGUCCAUUUUUUUAUCAGAUACGCGAUACAGCGUGGCAACGAUUGAAUAUAGAGCCCCGCAAAGAAAAUUAAGCGGGGGGGUUUCUGUAAUCCGCGAUCGAUUUUGGUAGGAGUUUUUCGGGUGGAUCAGAUAAAGAAAGCAAUUGACGGCGUCUACGAAAGUCUGCGUUUCUCUUUGUUUUGUUACUCCGAUGAGGUAACAGAACAGACGAGACAAUUUAAAACGUGCGAAUAUGGAGCGCGUAAGCACGUGACAAGCAGGUUAUUGGCUAAUGAUGACCGAAUUGUGUGAGACGGUGUACCACAGGCGAACCUAACCUUGCUCCCAACACUUGUCCCUAGCCAAACCCUAAUCUCUUCCCUAACUUUAAAACUUUGCCUAAUUUUGCCCUCAGCCUUAACCCCAGUCAUAAUUGUUAACUUCGCCGCAAACGUAGCCGUCGCACAAACUGCCUAGUUAUUCUAUGGCAGCAUAGGGAAGGAAUCACAUAUUCAAUCCUUGCCGCGCAAAAGGCUGCUAGCGCCCAGUAGCCCGUCUGCGUUUUCCACACACAACCAGUUCCCCGCCAAAUAUUCCAAGUUUCCACACAAGUGGGUGGCUAGGAUCCCAUGUACGUCAGAAUGUCAUUAUUGCCAUGCGCAAUGUCGUACCGAAUCAGGCAAGCAUUCAACUUUCCUAUUUAAAAGGCAUACAACAGACACAAAUUCGGCAGCAGCCCUCAAAACAGAAAGCAGACUCUCCUUGGCCGAUCCACGUGUAGCUGCGGUGACAUUUGCACACAAUUCCGCCAUUAGAUGGUUGACCUGCUCGGACAGCGGACUUAUUCAUCGGCGAGCGAAGGAGAAAUGAGGUCGACUUUGGGUACUAAAACUCAGGGCGCAUCAUUGCGUUACUUAGUAUUAUCAAUACGAUGCACCUUAAACCCUAUAUGGUGCCUCAAAAGACAUGCCCUGGAAAGUUGCCAUCCGACGAGAUAAGUCCGUCCCCGUGGUCAGUAAGGCGCGCGCAUGCCAGAUAAAACCGUCUCGAAGACUUACGGUCUGGCUCAAUGGCUGCUUCCGGAUGCCGCCUUUAUGGCAUUCCCGCUUGCGUGGAAUCCGAAUUGCCACGGUCCGCGAAAACCCAGUGCACGCCGGUGGGGAGUGCGUGACACCCGCGGAGCGGCUGUUUCAAUUCGUGAACCAUUGCGCCCGAAUCCGUUUGAGUUCUCCCUAAGCCUUUCUUGUCACCGGAUCCCGACAAGUGAGGGAGAGGAGAGUGCACCAAAUGCUGUGCAAGUCUGUUAUUACCAUAGAAUGAUCUGAACGCAAGUAACCAUCCUAAAUCUAUCACGCUGUGGGGUUUACGGCAGACAUGGUCGUACGCGACGAUCGAACUGCGGUGCUGUCCCGUAUACCUGGGUCAUAUUUAUAUCCUACAUGAAUAUCAUAUUUCUUCCCCAGUGCACGAAGAAAUACAAAUUAUGAAGGUCUAUUUUUUUUUCUUCUCAACUAUAUGGUUCUACAAGUGCACUUUAAAAAAGAGACUUAAAAGGAUGAAUUUGUUGAUUUUGGCCCCAGGUAGGUGCAAGGGCGAGAUCAAAACAAAUUGACAAGGUGAAUGUUUUACAAUCUCCUAGUAGGCACUGACCACUUAUGGCCGCGGAAAUAAAGAGCGCUUCGUGAAACCAAAACAAUGCUGUCUUGCUGGACGUCGACUAAUGAGUUCAGAUGACAAUCGGUUUCAUUAUAAUCAUAAAAAGACAACUUUAUAGCAUAGGCCUGGAGACAGUCGCCUGAAAGGUAGUCAUUUGCAAAGAAGAUUAACAUACGAUAUCUGAGUCGGUAAGUGUAUUAGUCUGAACUUUCGGUCUCCUACAGGCCAGCGUCAGAGACUGUGAGAAUGCGACACUAAAUGAGCAGUUUUUUUUAGUCAAGCCAUAAAGAGUGGAUAUGACUGCCGAGGGUGGUAUUCGCGAUAAGCUGAGUCCCAGGCCGUCUCACGGUGGCGUGACUGUGUGCACCCUUGGCUGGAACUUGCGUCUCGCCUUUUGCUCGCUGGAACGAGCGCGUGAUAGUAGAGGCGUAUGUCAACGCACUCACAACAGCGAUCUCAACACCAUGUUGGACAGAACGACGACUAACAAGACUCCGAUUCUCAACUAUCAUAGUAACCUCACAAUGGCGCAUAAACGCAGCUGUGAUAGGACACUCUUCCAAAGGUUGAAAACGCACUGCAGUGAUCCAGAGGGACGAGUACGAUCACUUCGGCAUUUUUGGGACCAACUGGCAGCUUCGUCAGCCGCUGCCUCCGCACGCACCCACGGUGAACAAAAGGAGGAGAGCCGCCAACACUCUGGCAGCCUUUACCACAUAUAAAAACGUGUCCAAAGCGAUGGAAGUUCAACGGACCUGUUGAUAGAGUUGGUGUCAUACACCCAGGACUCCAACAGUUCUCGCCCUGUCGAAUAGACCUACUGUCUCAGAUAUCGUGCGUUCAUCUUCUUUACAACAAGAACCCGUGAUUCGCAUAUUCGAUUCCAUCCAUAGUCAUUUGCAUUCCUACUGAUGCGCCAAUGACAGGAGGCUUGUCAAAUUUUUUGAAAGCCACCAAGCAUGAUUUACGAUGCAUAUAAAAGCGUGAAUUUGUUAACAAACAAAAAUAUUCCAGAAAUUGCCAUGAUGAUCGGAAUAUAGUAUUUUAUAUAAUUUGAAGGCCUGACCCGUUUCGAGGAUAUUGACUGUCCAAGCAACGUAAAAACACAUUUUUACCUUGCCAAAUUACAACCCACCAAGAGGAUGGCUGUUACCAUUGAAAUUAUGAUUUAAAAUGCAUGCAAAGUUGCGCAUUGGUAAAAAAACAAAAGGUUCGGUUCAGUUUAUCCAUGGCAAACGUAGCUGUUGAACUUUUAAACUCCCCAUUUGCUACGAGGAAGUGAAUUACAUAAAAUAAUUGAAAAUGGAAAAUAUCAAACAGCUGCAGAGAUUCCUUUCGAAACUGAAUAGUUAGACGAAAUGUUCCGCUUGUUCAAAACGUUAACGUGGCUAAGAACGCUGUACAGUAGUCAGUCUACGCAUGUUUGCGCCAUAAAAUAUUGGCACGGUCCCAGUUAUCCGAGGGAGAAGAAGUGACAGCCAACAUUCACAUUCAAGUGACUUGGGACACAAUAAAUAAAAAUGAACGUUACUGCAAUACAUGCAGUAAUAUUAUAACAACGCGGAACUCCAAGUUGGAUGACAUUAUGGUGUGUGGUGGUAUAAUAAUCCGACUUACCCUUCAAACUCUCGAAGAAUGUGAACCUGACAAUAUCUGCAUGCGACAAUCCCAAGCUUCGAUCAGUCUGUUGGAAAACAAGAGCUUUCAUAUAUCCAAACGGACGCCAAUCACACGUAUUGUGAGUGGUGCUCGAAAUACAUUAUCGUAAAGCAUUUUAAGUUCUGAAACUUUCUGAAAUUGUUGACCAUUCUCAACAAAUAAUGCUUAAGUAACGUGCUAGAUGCUGAAUUUCCAUAUUUAGAACCGGGGAUUUAUAUGGGUAUUUUUUAAAAUCAACCUACUAUAACCUCUAGUUAUCCAUGAGGGAAUUUAGCGUGUCUCUGUAUUAGAUUUGUUAAGGCCGCCGGGUCUGUUUUCAUCCAUGUCUGGAGAAGUGAAAUACAAUUUCCUUCUUUGCUCUGCUCAAGGAUCAAAAAUCCCACAAGCGAAGUAAUUAUGGUGUCUAUCUUAUUAAUCAGUUGAAUGCGGUUACGCGUUGAAUGGCGAGAAGGGCAGAUUUUUCGUUCCUAAGUACGAGAGCGACCGUCUGCCAAACGACAAGUGCAUCUGGAUGAUUCAAUUUCCCGUUGGAUUCUACGCUUAUAUCAGAUUUUACGGCCUUCAGGUAAGUACCACUCUAUCCAAUGAGGCCAAUGAUCCUGAUUUUCAUAGCAAUAUUAGGAGUCAAAAACAUAGCAACACCGGAAGUCAAUGGAGCUAAAAAUCAGAUUCAACGAAUAUUUACCUUAUGUUGUUACUGACAAAAGGCCAUUGGGAAAUUGAAUAAAUCCACACAUCCAGUACUUUUAUCCUGGUAUACAAAAGUGAACAUCAGUUUACGGUGUUUAUACAGAAGUGCCGUUCUUGCAACGCUUGUGACAGCUUUCAAAAUAAUAUUGCAGAUCAAGAUUUAAAACACUCAGCAGUUCGACAAUGGUUCUGACUAUGUCUACCGUGUGCUCCACGGCAAGUUGGGAGGAGACAUUUUGACUUGCAAGUGAAUUGAUUUAUAGUGAUAUAAGUCUUGCGCUGAAUAUAUCGCACUCUCCACCCCUCCCCUACCUGGGCUCGUAGUCAACACAGAGUCAGGAAGACCGGAAGCGUGGGAGGGCGCAGAUGAAUGGCACGACCGAGCCCGCACCUUAACGCUCCACCCCACACCCCCUGGUCAACACGACAAAUGAACAGGUUUUUAAACAGCAACAAAAUAUUCAUUCUUUUACAUAUUCCGUAGAAAAUCACGUCUUCUAACAAUUUCAUACUUAAAUGAAGAGUAUAAUUCGGUUUUAAAAAAAAACUUUUCUAAUUCCCGAAAAAUUUUGAACCCGACCUGUUUUUACACUUGCAUUCAGAGUUUCAAAACUACAAGCUGUAUAUUUUCCGUGUACGGAAAAUCAUGCAUUACUCUACGGUGUUAAGUGGAGACCAUAUGAGGUUCAUAAAAUUAGGCAGUUGAUUUGAGCAAUAUUGUUAACUUUACAAGCCGCAUUCGUAAAUGCAGAUACAUGACGUCUCAUGAGCGGCCAUUUAACUGUAUUAAAAAAUCUCACAAUUAGAAACUUUUUAAAACCGAAUUAUACUCUUCCUUUGAGUAUGAAAUUGGAAGAAGACGUGAUUUUCUACCGAAUAAGUAAAAGAAUGAAUAUUUUUAUGCAUGUUUUCCACGAAAUAUUAGUGAAUUUUCAAGGGCAUCUAAAAUCAAUGAGGAAAUUGCAUACUGCAUAAGUAGUCAUUUUUUGCAGAGUAUAGAUCUUGCAUGCAGCCGAAAAUAAGUUCAUUCGAAAGCCGACACCCUGAGGUAACUGGAUCAUGAUAGAUUUAUGCUGCAUCAUGAUUAGUUUUAAGACACUACUUAAUUUAUCUUUUCGAAACGAGAACGCAUUUCCAAAUUUUGAUUGACAUUUCAUGAGUUAGCACAUCUACUGUAUGUAAGGCGAAGGGGCGAUCUCGGGAACUACGGUUUUAUUGCACUCGCGUUUCAAAAGCGGACAAGCUGUCACCAUUGGAGAGAUGUAUCUUAGGGCGUCACGAAGAAUUUAUAAGGGGGUGGGGGAAAGUCAAGUUAAGACGGUUUUAAUUAUACGGGGAGUGGUUAAUCGGCUUUGGCGCGAAAUGUUCGCAGAAGCACAGGUGUGGUCGCCAGGGCAGAGUGGGAGAGAGGGGGACUGCUACCAAUGUGCUUGUCUCUUGUUGGGGGCCGAUAUUUAAAAGUUGGUGACCAUCCCCAGCAUUCGCAUUGACGUUCUGGUUUGUUCGCCUUGAUUGCAUCCCUCCGAUCGCGUUUUCCCUCGUCUGCCGAGUACUGUUUGAGGCAGCAGUAUUGAUGAUUGCGCCUUCGUCGGGCCCGAUUUGCCGUGUGGAUACGUGUAGGUCCGUCGUAAUUUCUACCGCAAGAUUUCGCGCUUGCGCUCUAAUUCGUUAAGCUGCGUCCGGAGGGCUUACUAAGCUGCCGGAAGGGCGACAUAACGGUUAAUUGAGGUAGUAUCCGUGUGCCAGCCUCGAAUAUUUUCUGGCUACGCGGUCAUUGCCUCGAUUCAGAAUUUUUGAAUUCUGGAAGGCGAAUCAGUGUCCAUAAUCCGCGCAGUGUUCUGCCACCAGAGACAAUGGGUCCAUUCUCCACACUGCCCGCAUGUGUUCUUCAACACUGGCUUGUAAAUGUUUGCCUGUCCCUCCGACGUAGGCAGCUUCACAAGAGUUACAGUGGAACCGGGAGUUGACAUUUGCUGUCUCACCUCGUGGCAGGGGCCUUCGGUCUCAUAAAAAGAUGUCCAGCUGUUGAGUCUGGUCGAUGAGCGAUCCCGAUCCCCAAGAGUCUUAGGAGGCAGGGAACUGCCUCAGUGACGCUGUCGAUAUAUGGCAGUACACGUCAGACUUUUGGCUGUUUUGUCAACGGAUUUUGGCUUGUUUUAGACCGCCUGAUGAGUUUUAUGAAGUUACGGGAGUCUCCGAUGGUCAUGAAAAGGCGCUGAAGAUAGCGGAUGUCUGUCCUUCUGUCAUCCGGUUCGCUGCAGUGUGUUUCUGCUCUACCGUAGAGAAGUUGCACACAGCUGCGUUCGUGACAUAACGGACGUUUACUGUGAUAGCUUAGGACUUGGCCUGUGUUGAUAGCCUUCAUAAACAUCGUCGUUUUUAUAUUCCUGCUGGGUUUGCGGUGGACAAGAACGUCCAGAAACGGCAGCUGGUUGUUGCUUUCCGCCUCCAAGUUGAAUUAGAUGUACGGAAAAACGGAAUCAAGGACAAUCUGAAAUUCCUCCAUCCUUUCUCGUUUGAUGAUGACGAAGGUAUCGUCGGCGUAACGAGUCCAAAGCUUUGGCCUGUUCUUUCGUGAAAAACAGGCUCCCUAGUUUUUUGCAGAACUGCCUAAGCGAUGAAGCCGGAGGGGGGCAAUCCCAUCGGCGUCCACUUAAUCUGAUCGUACAUGGUCCCCUCGCAUGUGAAUUACGUUUUCAGGCAGAACUUUAAGAGUUUGACUAGAUGUCUCCGCUUCACUGACUUGUCCGUCUCGUCAUACUGCCUCUCGAGUAAUUCGCUGACCGUUUCGAUGGCCAGGUCCUGCGGGAUUGAAGUGAAGAGGGGUUGACGUCAGAUGGCACCAUGACCUCUUCUGCAGUGAAUCGCAUUCCCCUGAGCCGCACCAGAAACUGAGUAGCUGUGCAAACCGUUGUGGUUUCUCCUGGGGUGGGAGGUCUCAGUUGUCGGAACAGCCAUUUAGUCAGGAUGAAUGUUGGCGCGCCUCGCAGUGACACGACUGGUCGGAGGAGGACGUCGACCUUGUGCACUUUGUGUAGUCCGUAGAAACUUGGUGUGACUGCAUCUGUUGGUUUAACGGCCGGUCGUACCGACUUGCUUAUAACUUUGUUUUUCUGCAUUUCGGCGAAAGUUUUGUCCAACUCUGUCAUCAGCCUUCGCAUCGGCUCAUCAUCAAUUUGGCGGUAGGCCUGUCGAUCAUCAAGCAGGCUAUUUGCCUUCUGAAUGUAGUCGAUCUUGUUCAAGACAAAAGUAGAACGCCCUUUGUCUGCUGGAAAUACCUCAUUUCUAGAAUCGGCCCCCAGCUUAGUGAGAGCAUCCGGCUUCGCUCUGGUGAUAAAGCGCGUUGUUCGUGUGCCAUCACCAAGGCGGUUAACUGUUGCCCAACGAGAUGUUUUGUUUUCUCGGAUUCCUCGGUUUGUUUCAUUGUUGAUUCCACUGUUGCCGCGAGGUUGACGGGAUCAGCGUCCACGUCAGCAAUUUUAGUUGUUCAGGAGCCAGUUCUUUGGACUCAAUCGAUUACCAAAAGGCUUGUUGCUACUGGUGCACGUGAACUAAAAUAUGACAACUCGGAACCCCUUAACAGCGCUUAUUUGUGACCAUAUUUUAUAUUUUACAGAUCAAUCAGACUCAGGACUGCCACUACAAUUACUUAGAAAUUUUUGAUGGUCCUUCGGAGUCCUCACCGCCGCUGUACAAGCUAUGCGGAAAUGAUAGACCGGAACGUCUUUUCUCGACUGGCAACGCGAUGAUUUUCCGUUUCGUCCUAAAUGGUCCAAUUGCAAGACAAGGAUUCCUAGCCGAAUAUACGAAAAGUAAGUGCUCGUGAGUUAAAGAAAGUAAACGCUUGCCAAAUUUGCGCUGUUCGGCCUUUGCGAGGAAACAGGCGAACAGCACUGAUAUGUACACUUUUGACAUAAUGAAAAAUUUUAUCCGUGUAUACGACGAACAUUUGACCGUUGCAUCAGACGAUGUCCACCGUGUGCUCCAAAGCAAGUUGAGACCAGACACUGUGAAUUGCACGUGAAUUAUCAGACUUGUGCUGCAUCUAUCGCACUCUCCAGCCCUCCCUACCUGGGCUCGGAGUCAAGACACUGGACAGCCGGACACUGACUUCAAGAAGACAGGACAUUUUUCUGCCCAAAAGACCUCGAAAUCAGGCAACAUUUUCGUGCGGAAAUCACGCUCUUCUCUGUUUAGUUUCAACGCACGGUGUAUGUGGUUAAGUGCUUUGUCCCUAAAAAGUUCUCAUUUUUACUGGCUUUGGCAGAGAGCAUGUGAAUAUGGCUGUAGGCAUAAUUAACAUUUUUACGAAAUACCUUGUUCAAAAUUCCAGUCACCAUACUGCUUCUAUCACUCCUCUUCAAAUGUCACGCAAGAAAUCUCCCUGUCCUUGCGUUAAUGGUAAGGAGCGGUUAUAUCUGUGGGAAUUUGUCAAAUCCCAUAGAACAUUUCGUUAAGCGAAAACGUAAAGACUGCCCGUAGUCAUCUAGGGAUAUACUAAAUAACUUAAUUCUUAACUUUCCCAAAACUGUAGGUUUCUCGUAUCUACCUUUCUCGAUAUGCUUAUUGAUAUAUUCUGGCGUAGACAAAAAAUCUCGGUUGCAAUUACACUGGCGUCAACACGCUGGGCACCAAAAUUGCUCGUGCUGUCCCAUAAAAUGCAACAGAAUUUGUUAUGUUUACCCAGAAGGAGAUAUGCCGGUCGACCAUCCUCCGUAAUUUGCUGUUACGCGUACUAGAAGUCGUAACCGACGUCCAUCCUGGAGAAUCCCUAGUUGACAGACAGCUGAGACAGCUAGGUAGUCUGGACAUGAGAAGAAGAAACGAUGCAGAAAUCAAAUCGCUAUCCAGAGACUUGUAUUCUCACAUGCGCUAUCAUCAUGUCUGUGUAUUUAGAGGUAUAAAUGCUUAAAGUUGGUGGUUUUCUUGCUUUUUUUAUAGAAGUUGAUUGCGGGGGAUACCUCAAAGCAGACAAAGGCACAUUUACCAGUCCUAAAUACCCCAACGGGUCUCCACCAAACCAGAAAUGUGAUUGGAAGAUUGAAGUCCCUAUUGGAUUCUCCGUUAUUCUUUUACUCCAUGGUUCUCUAGUAAGUAUCAGUGUUAUGGUACGGUGCAUUUAAAAAUUACCAACCUAGUAAAAGCUGUCUUUUCAGGCACUCAUGAGCAUCAGUUAGCAGUUAUUUGGCGACACCGGCUACCAUUAACCCCCUAAACUUGACCUCUAUCCCAAGCUUAACCCUUAAGUCUAAACGCAGUCUCAUAUACUGACCCCAAUCCCAACUCUAAACGUAACUUCUAACUUCAGCCUGUAACCCCCAAACCUAAACAUAGCUCAAGACUGAACGUUAAUCCUCAUAGUAACACCUGAAAUUAUGGCGACGUGGCAAGAUCAAAAUGAUGGAGUUUAAUUAGGACUUCUCAAACGCUAGAAGUAGGCAGUUCACCGCUUAUAGAGAUGUGUGUCUCUCUUAACACACAGUAGGUGAGCUAACUCGUGAGAUGUCAAAUGAAAUUGGGGACUGCGUUUUCGUUUCGAAAAGAUUAAGUAAAUAAAAUCGGGGAAGUAAUCAUCAAGCAGCAUUAAUUUGUAAUAAUUCAGUCGCAUGAAAAUGCCAGAUUUCGAACGAACUUCGUUACGGCAGAGUAGAAACGUUAUACUCUGUAAAAAAUGACUACUUAAUUAUCAGGCAGUUUUCCCAUUCAUUUUCAAAGCCCUUAAAUAUCCAAUUAUAUUUCAUGGAAAACAUGCAUGUUCCUAUUCAUUCUUUUACUCAUUCGGUAGAAAAUUACAUCUUCUUUCGAUUUUAUACUGGAAGGAAGGGUAUAAUUUAGUUUUAAAAAUUGUGUUAUUGUGAGAUUUUCUAAUACCGUAAAAUGGCCGUUCAUCAAACGGCAGGCCUCCGCAUUUACCAAUGUGACUCGUAAAAUCAACAACAUGACUCAAAUCCACUGCUGAAUUUUGUGAACUUCAUAUGGUAUCCACUUAAUACCGCAGAAAAAAGUAUGGUUUUCCGUACGCGGAAACUAGUUGGUUUGUAGUCUGGAAACCCUGAAUGCGAGUGCAAGCGCAAGUCGGGUUUAGAAUUAUUCGGAAAUUGGAACAAGUUUUGAAAAUUGAAUAUUUCCCUGCCUUCGAGUAUAAAAUUGGUAGAAGAUGUAAUUUUCUACCGAAUGGGUAAAAAAAUAAAUACUAAUAUGACAUGUUUUCCAUGAAAUGUAAUUGAAUCUUUAAGGGAAUCAAAAAGACAAUGAGAAAACUGCUUGUUAUUUAAACAGUCAUUUUUUACGGAGGAUAGCUUUUGCAUGCUGCUGAAACGAAGUUCGUUCGAAAGCCGGCAUCCUGGGGUGACUGGAAUAUUACAGAAUUAUGCUGCCUGAUCAUUAGUUCUUCAAUUCUACUUAAUUAAUAUUUUCGUAAAGAACACGCAUUUCCAAAUUUACAUUGACAUCUCAUGUGAUAGCUCACAUACUGCACUGUCCAAUGACAGAUACUAGGCUCUCAAGGAUUGCGCAGACUCGAAUCCCACAAAGUGGAGAGCGCCAUGGAGGUAGCAUUCAGAAGCAGCCAUUGAGCCUGGCCGUCCGUCCUCCAGCCGGGCAUCCCACAUACACACACCGUACUGGUCACGAGCACCGAGUUAUCCUGUCACAAGUCAACUUGCCACGGCGAGAUUUUUAGUGCAUCGUGGCAGGUAAGUCCGAUUUACCCUAUUGAGAAAUGGGCUGAUGUUUCCUGUGAUGGAGCCCCCAUAGUCGACCUUAUCUCCUCCGUCCCCACCCAUGCACCAGUCUACCGUCCGAGCUGGUAUGCCAUCUGGUGCAGGGAUUGGACACAAUCAUUGGUUUAAUGUGGAGCCUUCGCCUAAGUGUGCUGCCACUCACUCAAAUGGGAUAUUCUGUGGGUUGCGCGGUCCCCACGCUGCCUGCUAUGCUGCCCCACACCUGGUCCUCGUUUUGUUCCAUUGCCUAUACAGUGCUGUCCGUUGCGAUGUCAAGACAACUGUUAGCAGCUGCAAUUUGGCAGCAGAAAAGGAAUGGAUGCUUGUGAGUCUAAGUCGGCAUUUCUGUACCAGGUUAUGCACGGUGGAUUCAGUGAAGGUAUGAUGAAGUGUCUUGCUGUCUCGUUUUGUGAUUCUAACUAGGAAUAUUUCUGCUCUGGUGGUAUAAUAUAAUAAUCACCGAAUCCCAUAUUUUUUUUAGAAUCGUGAGAAAGUGAUCUGCCGGUACGAGUACAUAGAAUUAUACGAUGGUCCCUCGAGGUCUUCACCUUUGCUGCGAAAACUAUGCGGAGAUGAUGUACCGACGACAAUAGGAUCGACGAAUAACACGAUGAUCGUGCGCUUCGUCAGCGGAAGAUAUCCAGGAAGACGGGCACUUCACGGAGAGUUUAGGAAAGGUAAGUCCUCCUUGUCUGCAUGGAUAAUACAUAAUACAAUAACUUACUCUUCGGCUAGUGCGGCAUGAUACAUAUUUUAGCACACCAUCAACGCAUACGCGUUCAGAAAUUCAUAAUGCAAACGCCUAAUUGUCGAGUUUGCUAAGCUCUUAAUAUUAUUGCGUGAUGUCUUCCAAUUUAGAAAUGAGGAAAGUAUGUACGUAUGUAUGAAAAUAUCGUCCUCUUGAAAUCCAUUUCCGGAUAGUAACCUUCAGUGACUAAACUCACGAAGUACUUACUCACGAAUUAGUGCAACAAAAUCUCAGGAUAUUGCAUUUACACCAGGACAAAGGCUUCUGAGUGUACAUCAUUCGGACAGCAUGUAACACCUCAUUCGUGAGAAGUUGACUAUUUGUGCAGUUUGCAUCUGUUCGUCACUUUUCUAUACCAUUAAUAUUUUAAAUAUGUUUUCUACAAAUCAUGUUUGAAAAUAUCAUUUCUCAUGCUUAUUUUGUAGCAACUUACGUAGUACAUGAACUUUACACUCAAUGAAAAUGUCUCUUUGGUUUUAAAAAGCUUCUAAUCAUAGCGCUAUCACUGGGACGGCAGCGUUAUUAGCGUGAGCUUUCGAACCCGAGCAGGAAUUUAGCAUCAGAGACCAUUGCAGUGCAACAACGUUUAAACAUAGAACACUCAGACUUGUCCCGGCUUUAGAAGCUUUGGCGCACUCUCCGAUCGUCCUGUGGGGAUGGAGGGGGGAAGGGAAUAAGUCAAUCAAUAGGUCUGCUUUGCGCCGCCUGCCCAAAAUAGUUUCGCAGCGUGGUGACUCCGUUUGGCCUAAAGACACUGGGUCGCCUCUCGCAUUUAUGCUCGAGUAUUCACGAGUUGAUACGUCUUCCUUUUUCUAAUUACAACGCAUGACCGAUCUCAUGAAAUGUGGGCUGAACUUCUGGAAUUCGUUUUCGAUUAGCAAGGAUUACUUAGGGGGGGGGGAUUGUCAUACUGACUAGCAUGCGGCAUAAUCCUUAAGCAUUUCGGACUCGCCAGACUGUUAGAUUUUGGAGGUACUCCUUGUUGACGUCAUGCAGAAACCGCACAUGGUAUAAAAAUGACUACUUAAGUAGCAUUCAUCCUUCCUGUGGAUUUUUGGUGUUCUUAUAAAUUAAAAUAUAUUAUAAAGAAAACAUGACCGAAAAAGUUUUCAUUUUAUCAUUUGGUAGACAAUACCAUUGUCAUUGCAUUUUAUUUACAAAGGAGAUGUAUAUUUGGGUUUUAAAAUACUUUCCCGAAUCCCGGAAAUGUUUGAGCCUAAUCUGAAAUUGCAUCAGCGUUCAGUGAUUUCAAAAAAUAUUCGGGAAUUAGGAAACUAUUUUAAAACCCAAAUAUGCACUUUUUUGUUCAUAAAGUGCAAAGACAAUGUUAUUGUCUACCAAUUGAGCAAGAGAAAACUUUUUCGUUCAGGCUUUCAAUAUAACGUAUUCAAAUUUAUGAGACCACAGAAAUCCAUGGGAAAAAUGCAUGCUACUUAAGUAGUCAUUUUUAUACCAAGAACGGUUUUUGCAUUAGAUAAAUAAGGAGUGCCUCCAAAAGCGGACAUUCAGACAAGUCCGAAAUGCUAUAGGAUUAGGUCGUAUGCUUAUCAAUAUGACAACCCCCCUAAACAAAAUCUUGCUAAUCGAAAACGAAUUCCAGAAUUUCGACCAACAUUUCAUGAGAUCGGUCAUUCACUGGAUGUCCAGAGGGACCAUCGGCAGACGUUCAUUUUAAGUGGUCUUAAUGAGCAUAUUAUGAUACUUUUUAAUCAACGACGAAUAAAAAAGGCGGCUUGUUUAUAUGUAGACGUUUUGGUCCACCCUGUGUACUUCUGGGUACGGUUCUAUCAUUAAGUAUUCGCCGCAGACUAACCUUACUAAAAUGUCGAUGUGGUAGGUGUCCAAUGACACAACGUGCGUUGCCAAAACAAGCAAAGAUGCGAGGUCCAGGAACCAAUUAAUGCGAAAUAGAAGCGAUCGCCGGAAUAAGAGCUUUAUGCGUCUGACGUUUCCUAUUCUCACGUUCGCUAAUUAUCAGAGACAGUGAUAGAAACGGGUGAUUCAUGCACAGGAAGUUGCAGCAUUUAUAGGACGCGGUCGCUAUGUGACCGUAUACCGAUGAUAAUUAACCGCUGUCCCCUUUAUCAAUAAUCGCUCCCCGCUGGUGGGCUAAUUGCUUAAUGGCCAGUUGUUACUUGCUGAGGUCUAAUCACCCAUGUUGGAUACUGGCGUGAUAAUUGUUUGGCCAUCUGGCUCAAUGGCCUUGGCCGAGUAGUUAGAGGCGUGGAGUUUUAACUAGCAGGUCGCUAGUUCGACCCUCGAGUUUUCACCACUUCGGGGUUGGGUAUGACUGACUGACGACGGUUAGUAAGCCAGAAAUGUAUGUUCCAGUCUCCGUUGUCUUUGUCGGUAAGGUCAUUCUGCCUAUAUCAUAGGCCGAGAGAGCCCAUAAGAAAUAACUCAACGAGUGAGUUCCCUAAGAGCGAUCGGUUAGCGCCCGCUACCGUUGUUCGCAUAUACACAUAAACAUAUACUCAUAUAUAUAUACAGGCAGCCAGUAGUAUAGAACUGUGCAAUGAUUUACCGUACUAACAACAUAGGUAUUAGCUAAAAGCCCAGACACGCGUGUUUCGCCUAUCUUAUGCCGCUGCCUGACGCAGCUGCGAGGGGUUCGGCUUUCCCUGUUUUUUCAGUAUUUAUAAGUGUGGCGCGAUACCAAACGCACCUCCGACGAUGGAAGAUUGUAUGUUUUUGAAACGUCAAAACAGUAAAAAUAUUGUUCCCGAGAUCGCCUUUUCUUCUUAUAUAUAUAUAUAUAUGAGAAGAAAAGGCGAUCUCGGGAACCAUUGUUUUACCGUCCUGACGUUUCAAAAGCAUAUAAGCUUCCAUCGUCGGAGGUGAGUGUGGUAUCGCGCCUCACAGUAUUUAUAGAUGGGUGACAGUCAUGUCAAAACGGGUUUUCUUACAUAUGAAGUCAGGGCGGCAGGGGGGAAGGGGCGGGGGGAGUCCUAGAGCGUCUUUUCGCCGGAUGAGGGGGUGGUGGAUCAGCUUUAGUGGUCAUCAGCCGCAUGCACACAUGAACUGUGGCGGGCGGGGGGGGGGAGGGAGGUAGGGUGACGGAAUGUACUCAACCUACAUCGGAGGCCGGCGUUGAGACGUUGGUGGUCGUCGUUCGUACCUUCAUUGAGCGUAGCUGUCGUCCAAGCCUGGCAAUCUUGUUUACGCCGCAACGACUGGCCGAUAUAGAUAUAGAUAUAUAGAUAGAUAUAGAUAUAUAUUGAAAAUAAGUAAGAUUCUUUGGGAAGGGAAUAAACUUUAAUGAGUAAAUUUUCGAGUCUGGUUCCCCAGCUCGUCGUCAGACUUUUGGGCAAUGUACAAAAACAGUUAACUAUUUAACCGUGUCAAACAAGUGAUUCUAUGGUUGGCCGAAGUCUGCGCCAAUGCGCGUCAACGAUUUCGUCAUCCCCUCGGCAUUGGCUGCGCUCGCUUCCAUUUGUCCUUGAGAAAUUUGUAUGUGGCAUCUAGAUCGAUAUGCCGAUUGAUGCAUGCCUCAUCUGAGUGCCUUGCUUCCAGGAAUUCGCAUGAAACAUGAGUUUAAACAGAAAGGUAUUUCGAAGACAGCGGCCACCCAAGCACCAAAAACGUUCACCUGGCGGACCCUCCCAUACAUCAAAAAUGUAUCUGAACUCGUCGAAAGACAACUGAAAAAGCACCAGAUACACGUAGCACACCAACCUACAACCACCUUGCGUACAGAGCUUGUACACCCUAAGGACAGGGUUGGCUAUCUUGAUAGGAAAGGUGUUGUCUACAAGAUACCAUGUUCCAGUUGUGAUGCCGUGUAUUGUGGCCAAACUGGGAAAUCCCCCUCUUCCCGCAUACAUGAGCAUCAGUUAGCGGUGAGGAAACGAGAUCAUUUAUCCCAGGUGGCUAUGCACACACUGGACACCGGACACAAAUUUGCAUGGGAGAACACCCGCAUUGUUGGCGCCUGCCCAAUAAGGAAAGGCCGCGAAUUCCUGGAAGCAAUGCACUCAGAUGAGGCAUGCAUCAAUCGGCAUAUCGAUCUAGAUGCCACAUACAAAUUUCUCAAGGACAAAUGGAAGCGAGCGCAGCCAAUGCCGAGGGGAUGACGAAAUCGUUGACGCGCAUUGGCGCAGACUUCGGCCAACCAUAGAAUCACUUGUUUGACACGGUUAAAUAGUUAACUGUUUUUGUACAUUGCCCAAAAGUCUGACGACGAGCUGGGGAACCAGACUCGAAAAUUUACUCAUUAAAGUUUAUUCCCUUCCUAAAGAAUCUUACUUAUUUUCAAUUAAAUUUCUUGGGAUGCCCGUUUUCCAGCACAUAUAUAUAUAUAUAUAUAUAUAUAUAUUCCGAAUGAUAGAGAACACGCGCGGCCCAGGUAAUUGAAUAGAAGAAGAUGGGAAGGCGAUCGCUGGGACCAAUUGUUUAUUUAUCCGACGUUUCGAACUCUCACGCGAGCCCAUCGUCAAGGAAUGAUAAAUUGUACAACUCAUCGUGUAUUUAGCUCACCUCUGCCGGGGGUGACCUCUAGCUGCGCUGCUGAUUUGCUCUCGCAGUGCUUGAUAGGCGAUUGGCAGAUCGAUAUGUCGAUUAAUCGAGUCCUCGGUUGACUGCCAUGCUUCCUGCAGGAGGCGAGCAACUCGGUCGUCCGACUGGCCCAAUAUUCUCACGCACUUAAAGUCGAAGCCGUGUCCUGGCGUGGAGGCGUGGGCGGCUACCAAGGAGAGUUUGUCCUUCCGUCUCACAGCCAACUCGUGUUCGUGCAAUCUCGUGCGUACUUGUUUGCCGGUUUCGCCAACAUAAUUGGCUUGACCACAAUUGCAGUCUAUCCGGUAAAUGACCCCCGAUUUCUGGUUGAUGGGAAUCGGGUCCUUAGGGUGCAUGAGUUGCCGGCGUAUUGUUGCCUCAGGUCUGUGAGCGAUACCGAUCUCAAAUUCGCUCAUCAGUCUAACGAAUUCUUCUGACACACCGGCUAUGUAAGGCACUGCGCGCCAACAUUUCGGUUUUGGUUGUCCCUUCGGUUGUCUUCCCCGGGUUUCUCGUCUGCACUUUUCGACAAAAUUCCCAGGGUAGCCGUUCACUGUGAAGAGUUUCCGCAGGAACUGGACCUCAGCCUUCUUGUCGGCUGGCUCGGUGCAAUGGGUUUCUACGCGCCGGUAGAGUGUUCUCACGCAGCUGCGUUUGUGCGAGAGAGGGUGGUUGCUAAGAAAGCUUAGAAUACGGGAGGUAUUCGUUGCCUUCCGGUAAACCGUUGUCUUUAAUGCACCAUCACCUUUUCUCUGAACUAGUACGUCCAGAAACGGCAACUGGCAAUCUUUUUCUUCCUCCAUCGUGAACUGGAUGUCUGGGAAGAUCGAGUUGAGGUGUUGCGUGAAUUCCCCAAUCUUGUCCCGAUUGAUGAUGACAAAUGUGUCAUCGACAUACCGUACCCACAGUCGUGGUCGAUAGUGGUCGAAAGCCAGUGCCUCGAGUCGCUGUAACACUGCCUCAGCAAUCAAGCUGGAUAACGGUGAGCCCAUGGGUGUACCUUUAACUUGUUCGUACACAGCUCCGUUGAAGGUGAAGAAAGUCUUCAAGCAGUGCUUCAGGAGAUCAAUAAGGUGUUUUAUCUUCAGUUUCUUGUCCGUUUCGUCAUAUUGUUCUUCCAACAAGGUUUGCAGGGUUUCAACCGCCAGGUGCUGUGGGAUGGAAGUGAAAAGUGAUAUCACGUCGAAAGAAACCAUCACUUCGUCAUCUGUGAGUCGUAUACCUUGCAGCUUUUCGAUGAAUCUUUCGGCUGAGUGGACGCUUGUUUCAGAACCCUGGGUUAGGAAUUUCAGACGCUGGAACAGCCACUUGGCAAGGCCAAACGUUGGGGUGCCUCUUAGAGAAACAAUCGGCCGUAGGGGAGUUCCUGGUUUAUGGACCUUGGGCAGACCAUAGAAUCUCGCGAUCGCUGAAUCCUUUGGUUUCACGAACAUCAACUUGCAGUUAAGAGGCGAGACCACUUGUCUCAAAUGGCCAUGCACAUUCUUGAUACUGGGCACAAUUUCGCAUGGGACAAAACUUGCAUCGUCGGAGUUUGCCCAUCUAAAAAAGGCCGAGAGUUUCUUGAAGCCAUGCACUCCGAUGAGUCAUGUAUCAACAGGCAUAUCGAGUUAGAUGCCACGUACAAGAAUCUCAGAGAAAAGUGGAAGAAACGAAAGCCGAUCAAUACGGACUGACACAUACGACGGCAGCUUACUAGCUGAGGCACCAAAUGAGUAUUGAUUUUGUUGCACGUUUGAAAUUUUAAUUGUUUUCAGCACAUUUACUCUAGUCUGACGACGACACGGGGAACCGACGUCGAAAAUUUACUCAAUAAGGUUUUCUCCCUCUCCCAAAGAUCGUUUUUGAUUUCAAUUUAUAUUUCUUGGGAUGCCUGCGUUCCAAUAUAUAUAUAUAUAUAUAUAUAUAUAUAUAUAUAUAUAUAAGGGGAAGUCGAAUAUGUGUUUUGGCAAUGUAAGUUUACUGUCCAAAUUUUUGACAACGGUUUCCAAGGUCGUCGUCGGGCUCAGACGGAGAGCAAAUGCGCAUACACAGUUAAAAUCUUAAGUGCACUGAAAAAAUCGAUAAUCGCAUGACGUUCGUGCCAGUAAAUGGUCGUCGUGCGUGUCAGUCCGUUUUGAUUGGCUCUCGCUUCUUCAAUCUCUCCUUAAGAUUUCUUUACGCGUUAUCUAACUCUAUGUGCCGGAUGAUGCAUGAUUCGUCCGAGCGCAUGGCCUCAAGGAAAUCUCGGUAUUUCUUCGAGGGGCACACAGCGACAAUGCGGGUUUUCUCCCAAGCGAAAUUGUGCCCGGUGUCCAGGGUAGGCGUGACUACUUGAAAUAGGUAGUCUCAUCUCUUCACUGCCAACUGGUGUUCGUGAAUGCGUGUAGAGGCGCAUUUUCCAGCUAGGCCGCAAUAGACGGCAUCACAUGCAUCAGAAGUGAUUUUGUAAACGACUUCUUUUUUGUCAUGAUAACUAACCCUGUCUUUUGGGCGCUUGGGCUGAAUACGCAAAGUAAUCCUCGGUCGGUGAGCCACCUGAAUUUGGUGUUUCUUUGAAUGUCUUUUAACAACAAAAUACGCAUUUUAAUGUUAGGAUGUGGUCGCCAAGUUUUUAGUUCGGGCUUCUGAUAUGUAUUGCCUGGCUCCUUUCUCUUUGACUCUUUCUGCCUUCUGCAUCGGCGCGCAAAAUCUCUAGAGUACCCAUUCCGCGAAUGCAAUUCACACAAGAAUUUUAAUUUGUGUUGAUUGCAUUCUUCAUCAAAACAACUUGUUUUGCUCGAUUAAGCAGAAUUUUGACAGCACCUCCAUUGUGAGAGGUUGGCUGAUUACUCUCGGAAUGAAGAAUGAUUGCCGCAUAAGUGUCUUUACGGUAAACUGAGUUACGUAUUAUUCCGUCGGUUUUUCGUUGUACGGGAAUAUCCAGGAGAGGCUGUUUACUGUCGACUUCCUUCUCGAGUGUGAACGUAAUCCCCAGAAUUGUUGGGUUUAUAUUGUUGUGUAGCUCUUCCAAUUGGUCCCUUUAAAAGGCAACAAAUGCGUCAUUUACCUAUCGCCGUCACAAUUUAGGUUUAACUGAUGGAAGAGCCGCAGGUUCUAGUUUCUGCAUUGUGACUUCGGCGAGAAAACCUGAAAUUGGGGAUCACACAGGAGAUCCUUUCAGUUGUUGGUAGUACUGUUGGUUGAAUGAGAAGUUGGUUUCAAAGCGCAGGUCUAUAAGUUCGAGCACGGCAGUUGCUGGACCGUCUUUAUCAUAGGACAUCCAUAGUUUUUCUGUGCAACGUUUUGCUACAUAUGGAGGUAUCGAUGUGAAAAGGGACACGACCACGAGGAAACCAUUAUGUUAUCUGCAGAAAUUGUGAUACCUUUUUAUUUCAUAUUAACCCAACUGUGAAAAACUCGGCGUCCCGGUGGGAUUCGAACCCACGCAGUAAGGGGAAGGCUUUAGCGCAGCCAACGCUCUAACCACCUGAGCUACGAGGCCCCGCCGGACGACGCGAGUUUAAUCACAUUUGGGUCAAGUUACCCGCCCAACGUACUGCAACGUCUGGAAUCCACCAAAUCUGACACAGUAAGUUGACUGCCCAAGCAGGAUAUCCUAAGUAAUUCACCUAGAAUCCACCAGAUGACUACCAGGCUCGCGUAAUUCAUUGACAUUUUGGCAGAUUUCGAAUAAUUCAUAUUGACCCAACUGUGACCCAACCUUUUUAUUUCUCUAAAAACUCAGAUGAGUCCUCAGUGGAAGUUUCGCAUUCCUUCGUAAGCGCAGUAAUUUUGCGAACGAACUACUUGGACCUUUUGUAGUUUUGAGCCCCGAUGAAUGAUGCAAUGGGACAUCCGUCUUGUGGUGUUAAGGGAAUCCAAACAUCUUCGCGAUUGUCGGUUCAUUUUGUCGCAGGGUUUUCGCCAUAUCUCCUGAUAGUUUCUUUUCCCUGUAAGACGCACCAGCACUUUAUCAAUGAAUGAAAGCUCGGCUUUGGGAGUGUUCGCUGAAAGUGGUUUAUAGAUGGAUACAUCUUCUAAGAAUAACAUCAUCUUACUAUAGUAGUCCACUCUAUUCAAAAUUGCGGCUACACCGCCCUUGUCCACCGGGAGAAUGAUUAUAUUUUUGUCAAUUCGUAGACUCUUAAAGGCACUUUAUUCUUCAUUUGAUAGUACUGAAAAAUAACUCCGAUCUUUUAAUGCUUGUAAAGUGCUGUUUGGGAUGAUAAACCGUUCGUCUUUCGUAAGGUUUGCUGUCAAAAUUAUGGAUUCUAAACUCGCGGGGAAGUUCAAGUAUUUUGAGUCGGAAAGACUGUGCCUUAGCCCCCUGGAAAGCACACUCUAUUCUGUCGUUUUUAGCGUUCUUCCGGAUAUAUUUGCGACCUUCUUUUGAAGCUUCUGAUCUGCAUCGGUCUGUUGUAAGAUAGCCAUCCGCUUUCUGUCUCAAAUGCCCCUCUGCUUUUGUCAUUCGAGCUCAAAGACACGCGUAGUUGUGUUGCUUAGAGAUUCAAAUCAGUGUAAAGGAAGUUGAUCACGGUAAAAUUGCAUGUGUUGCCCAUUAGAAGUGUGUAGCGGGCAUCGAUUAUGAACGCCUUAAGCCUUCUUCUGCCUUAGUGAGAUGCAAUUCGAUAUUUCCACAAGUAACUUCCUUUUUCAAUGCACAUAUUGAAGUUCGACUUUUUUUUCUUGGGAUGCUUAUUUUCCAAUGUGUAUAUAAAUGUUUUAUCGAGUUGCAAUCAUCUGAACAUGCGAUUGUUUUCGUCGGAAAUACGUCUUUACUUUUGAAUUCUAGGGAUAGCUGAUUGAAUUUCGGUAGACUUUCGUAUGCUUAAAACACUCCUAAACGGGCUUUGAUGUUUAUUUUCUAAGUGCUGCUCGAACGAUUUUUCGCAACAUUUAAUAUGGAACGAGAAAAUCGUCCUGUUUGAUUAUUACUACCCACAGGAUCAGAAGGACAUUAAUCUGCAAUUUUACCGAUUUCUUUUACCUUAUCAGCCGCAUGCGGUGGCAAGCUCAUUGCAGAUGAAGACUACAUUACGAUCCCAAGAUAUCCAAGCAAUCGUCUGCCAAAUAAUGAGUGCACUUGGAAUAUUGAAGUUCCCGUCGGCUUCCGCAUUGCACUCACAUGGGCAACAUCAGGAGUAAGUGCAUGUGUGACUCUUGUAUUCAUACCUUCUGAUUCUGAUAAAAGUGUGUUCAAUCGAAAUAAUGUAACCCCAAAAGCCACCGGUCACAUUAACAUAUAA